AUGGCGCAGCAACAACCAAUUCAUGACCCUAGCGACGCGAUCGAGGAACAGCUUCUUCCGCACAUUCACCUCAUUUCCGCGAACCAAUAUCCCAACCAAGGCCGACUCGACCUCCAACACGUCACCAAAUGGCUGCUAGGCGCCCCCCAGGUUGCCAAAGACAAGGCACCAUUUUUCUGGACCUAUCUUGACCGCCCCAACGAUGGUCAGGUUCUCCUCACGUGGCAACCGCUUAAGAGGCUGGGAACCCAGUUUGCCAGCGACGGCAUCGUCUGGGCGCCUGAGCAGUACCACCGCCAGGAAGUCGGCAAUGGACUGAACCUUGAGAUCUACUACAACAAGACGGGCUUCGCGCCCGGCGACCCAGCGGCCGUCCGCGCUCGCCGGAGGUUCCGACUGGUUCCCUCGCAACAGGUCAACAUCAACGCGCCGCAGCCCGACAUUAGCCUGUGGCUCGUACACUACGGCCAGGCCGACCCCCAGGACCGUCUCCCGAUCAACAUGGUUCCCUUCACGCCAGACAGCCAGACCAUGCUGAACCAGCGCAACUACCUCCAGAACUGUGGCCAGAUCACGCGCAAGGACUUUAUGCUGUCCGACCGCGGCAACUGGCCGCAGAUUGCGUGGCCGCGUACUGGCGGUAACCGACAGCAGGUGUACGCGCCCAUUCAGUCGAGGCGACUCCCCCAGCAGAUGGCGUAUCCCACCCACCCGCAGGUCAUGCCCACCGGACGCCGGGGCGGCCGCCAGACGCAGGCGCAGGCGGCAGCGCAGGCGGCGGCUCAGUCUCAGGCGCCGCCUCCGCCUCCCGGCUCCCUGGCUGCCCUCCAGCUCGAGCUGGAGGACGAGGAUCUCUACGGCGAUGUGUUCGACACGCUGACGCCCCGGGAUAUUGCACUCUCUCGGUACCAGCAGAACCACGAGUGGAUGGAGGAGGUCUUGUCCUCUCCGUACUCGCUCAUUCACAUCACCCCUCCCGACCUGGGUCUCGGUCUGAAGGGCGAGCUCGCUCCUCUCACGGACGGCAUCUUCUCCUCGCAGGGCGGCGAGGCGCACCUGGAGAACCCCGACAAGCCCUACAUCGGCAAGCUCGACAAGGGCCUCGCGGAUGAGUUCAGGAAGCGGGCGCAGGAGCACAUUGACACGACAAAUGCCGAGAUUGAGAAGAUGAAGGCUGACCACGAGGCGGCCAUCGCCAAGAUGAAGGCCAACGCGACCAUUCUCAGCGCAGAGAAGGAGCUCCGCCACUCGGUCGAGGAACGCGGAUCCGAGUUCUGGCGUCUCGAGGGUCAGGUGACUGACUCGGACGAGGGCAGCAGCGCCUGGUCGCAGAAGCACAACAAGAAGAUCGACGACAUUGUGGCGCAGGUCGAGGCGCAUCUCGGACGUCAAAUCGCGGUCCUCCAUGGCGUGAACCGGGUGCAGGCGGGCGGCUACUUGGAACCCGUGCCUGAGCCUGCCAAGAAGGCGACGCCGGCGCCUGUGAAGGAGGCGACGCCAGUCGCUGUCCCCAACUUGGGCGCCGAGUCGAACGACAUGUCACGCCGUCCUUCGCAGGCCGGAUCGCAGCAGAGCGGGGCUACCGGUGAUGACGCUGAUAUCGACAUGGGCGUGUGGCGACGCCGGCCAACUUGGGCGCACCCUCUCCCCGCGCCGGCUGCAGCGUCCGGUCCUGGGCCAGACGUCUCCAUGGCCAACACGGAUGCCAACAAGGAUGCGGCGGCCAGCAGCGGACAGGAUCAGGGCAGCGGCGAUUGGGUCGUUGUGCCCAAGGGUGGUGUGUCUCCCGACGCGAACGCGAACACGACGCCUGCCUCUGCCUCUGCCCCUGCCCCUGCCCCUGACGCCGCGGCGGCCGCAGCAGCAGCAGCAGCAGCAGCAGCAGCAACGGCACCUACUGCCGUUGCCGCUCGGCAAGGCUCAGCCGUGGGAACGCCGGCGCUCACUGAAGGCGACAACGACUUUAGCUCGCUCGGUGACCUCGAUACAGCGGGUGAGGCGCUGGCCGGCUACGACGGCGGGCUGGACGGCGGAGCGGGUUCGCUUGGCGAUGGGUUGGACCUGAACAUGGAGAUGGAAGAUUCGGCAUUCGGCGACGCGUUCCACGGGCCAUCAAACACGAACACGCCGGGGGAGAAUCAAUCCGAGGGCGUGUAG